AUGGGCCAGGAUACCUCUCCCAUCCCCGAGGGAGUCUCCUCCCUCCUAGAUACCGAUCUCUACAAGUUGACAAUGCAAUGCGCGAUCCUCAAAUACUUCCCUGAUGUUUAUGUCACUUACGGCUUUACGAAUCGCACCCCGCAUAUGAAGUUGCGGCGCGGAGCAUACAAAUGGCUUUUGCAACAGCUGGAAAACCUCGGAUCCCUGCGCGUCACCGCCGAAGAGCGUGCUUUCCUUCAGCGCAAAUGCCCAUACCUCACCGAGGCCUACAUUACCUUCCUUGAGACCUUCCAGCUCAAGCCGUCUGAGCAGGUCGAAGUCAAGUUCACACCUACACAAGAUACAGGUAGUGACGAGGAUGAAGGGAUCAUUCAAUAUGUUGUCAAGGGUCUUUGGCUCGAUACCAUUCUUUACGAGAUCCCGUUGCUGGCCCUGACUAGCCAGGCGUACUUCAUGUUCAGUGACAAAGAGUGGGAUCACGAUGGCCAGGAGGAGAAGGCAUACAGCAAGGGAUCUACACUUCUUGAGAACGGGUGCAUCUUUUCGGAGUUUGGAACCCGGCGGCGACGCGAUUAUCAUACCCAGGAUAUUGUGAUGAAGGGUCUAUCGCGUGCCGCGGAGGAUGCCAAAAAGAACGGGUGGAAGGGCGCAUUGACUGGAACAAGCAACGUGCAUUUUGCUAUGAAAUAUGAUGUCAAUGCCGUGGGUACUGUCGCGCACGAGUGGUACAUGACCAUUGCGGCUAUCACGAACGAUUAUGAGAAUGCCAACGAGCUGGCAUUGCAGUACUGGCUUGGAUGUUUUGGAGAAGGGGUCCUCGGUAUCGCCCUCACCGAUACAUUCGGCACACCGGCUUUCCUCGAUGCAUUCCGCAAGCCUAUUAAAACUCCCGACCAGAGCGAGAGCAGCCAGCCCCUCAAGUCUUAUGCGCAAACUUACACUGGUGUUCGCCAAGAUUCAGGUGAUCCAGCAAACUUUAUCAAGAUGGUCCGCGAGUUUUACGAUCGUGAAAAUAUCACUGACAAGAAAAUGGUUGUGUUCUCUGAUUCGCUCGAUAUCAAGUCCUGCCUUGAAUACAAGGCCCUUGCCGAUGAGGCGGGCUUCAUUCCCUCUUUUGGCGUGGGCACAUUCUUCACAAACGAUUACAUCAACAAGACAACCGGCGAAAAGUCCAAGCCUCUGAAUAUUGUCAUCAAAAUCUCCACAGCCAAUGGCCGACCGGCCGUGAAGCUCAGUGAUAACCUGGGGAAGAAUACAGGGGACAGUGCCACUGUCGCGGAGGUAAAGAGGAGACUGGGCUACGUUGAGCAAAACGACGUGCAGAUCGAUGAGGAAAAUCGCUGGACGCCACGGGCAUAG